AUGAAAAGCACCUAAAUGACCAAAGAAUAAAUUUCAGAGGAGUACACGCUCUACAAAAGGUAUGUUCAGCAUCUCCAAUCGACAUUACUUUAAGACGAGGGCCAAAUCUAGAGAGAAAUCAAAGUGAAUGUAAUAAGGACUGAAGCCUAUGAAAUUGAUAUCAAGGUGAAGAGAAAUCGAGAUAAUCUACCAAUCAGGACGAAUUACUAUAAAAGUAUGCCUGGCAACAUUAGAUUGCAGCAUCCGACUCCUGUACUCUUGGAACGCUUAACCCCUCUUUCUAUUCCGACCAAAUUAACAGAGGAUAUUGAAGAACAUGUGUAAAAUCUAGAAUAGGGACUGGCUAAGAGCAUAGAUGAUAGUAAACACUAUUUGAGGCUGGAACACAAAUUAUUUAUAGACUUCUUUUUUGAGAAAUUCAAAGAGAAGUUUACAUCCUUAUAGGUUGUUUUCCAAUUGCAACAAUUAGCUUAAGCUAUAGGCUGUUCUGCAGAUUAAGUUUAAUCCUAUUAUUUAGCUAAACAAGCUAAAAAGUAUGAUUAGUUUGUAAAUUUUAAUGUGAAAUAUCAAUUUGUAAGGUUCAAUCGGUACUUUUGUCCGAUUUGUAAUUUAUAUCUGUGUAGUUUGCACUAUCAUUCUAAAAAUCAGAGAUUGUACAUUGAGAAAGAACCAGAAGAAGAACCUUAAGAUUAAUAGAAGGAUGAUCCUACUCAUCAUGAUAAUUUUUAUGAGACUGAAUUCAAGCCUAAUUCUUUGUUAUUGAGAGAAAUCUUUGGUAGAUACAAAUUGAAUAAUAAAACCGAGAUGGAAUAGAGAUGCAGAGAUAUCACUUAAUGUGGCAAAUAUGGUGUCGAUUAAACUAAGAUGAAAAAGUUUUAAUAGAAGUCAAUUGAAUAAAUGUUGGAAUUUGGAUUUAGUAAUUGUUGUUUUAUGGCACGAGUAUUAACUCAUAGAAUAUACCCAGUUACUUGUUAAUAGAUCAAUUAUUUAAUUAAAACCUUAAAGAGUUAGAGUAAGAAACACAUGACAAAUGGGAAACGAAAAUAAUAGUAAGCAUCCAAAAAGUAGAAUUUGAAUAAUUAUGCCUAACAAUAUAUUCCCUGUUUCCAUGAAGGAGAAUGUGGAUCAAAUUCAUGCACUUGUGUUACAUGUCACAAAUAUUGUUGUUGCAAAGGACAAUGUCAAUAGAAAUCAAAAUCUUGUGAUUGUAGAGUGUGUGGUUAUGAUGAGAAGAAACAGAAACACUCAUGUCCUUGUUACAUCAGUGGAUAUGAAUGUGAUCCUUAAUUAUGCAAGUGUCAAUCAUGUUCAAAUAAGAACCUAUUGAUGUAGAUUCGAAAAUCAUUGGUUUUAGGGAAAUCUUUAAUUUGUAAUGGAUUGGGAUUGUUUGCAGCCCAAAAUUUCAAGGUAUGUGAUUUCGUUGGUGAAUACACUGGCAAUUAUAUUUUGUUAGAUGAUGAGAGUAUGGCUAUUGAAUAAUGUGAUUGGAUUACCAAUAACCAUUACUUAUUCGAAGUAGAUGAUAAGUGGUAAGUAGACGGAACCUAUUAUAGUAAUUGUCUGAGGUAUAUCAAUCAUGCUACGAAGAAAUCAGAUUUGGCUAAUUGCUAGGCUUAGAUUCUCUUCUCUGAGGGAAGAUGGAGAAUUGCUAUGUUCACCACCAAAAAUAUAUCCAUUGGAGAGGAACUGUUCUUUGAUUAUGGAGAUAAAUUCUUAACGAAAUGGUUAACUGACUUUAACAAAUUAUGUGACGAUUACUACAAAAAAUGA